ACUGUCGAUCACUGAGAUUUGAGGACAAACCAGAUUAUUCAUAUCUGCGAAGACUUUUCAGAGACCUUUUCAUUCGUGAAGGUUACCAACUGGACUACGUGUUUGAUUGGACGACCUUGAAAUAUCCUCAGACUGGCUCUACUUCGAGACCAAGGCUGACUCCAAGACCAGCCUUGGACCCUCCAGGACCACCUGCAGAAAGAUCUGAAAAAACUACAGUGGGACAAGACCUCCGAGGAAGAUUUUCAGGCGCAAUUGAGGCAUUCACCAGACGAACUGUUUCAGGCCAAGGAGCUCAGGGUGACCAUCACUCUAGACACAGAUCUUCUGAUGAUGUACCACCCUCUUCUUCCAGAGAAGUGCACGAGUCUGAUAGAAAUGGAAGUACCUCAAAGAGAGGUGUGAUGUCAAGCAGACCUGGCUCCUCCUCAGCUGAACCAAGCGAGAACCGCUCAAGCCGAUUCUUUUCAAGUGGAUCACGGCUCGCCACAACUCAGCAGAACUAUGAGUCUAAGGCAUCAUCUGCAUCUGUCAAGCCUGGGCCUAAUGAUGCCAUUAGAAGCUUUGAGCUCCUUACCAUCGGCUCUGCGAAGAACAGGAAAUGAAGAUAGGGACGGAGAAGUGGAUAAGAACGAAAAGACAUAUGUACAUUGUUUGUGUUGAAGAAAUUGAAAGAGAUAAUCUUAAUCUGCCUCUCCCAAUCUCAUUGUUUGUGUUGAAGAAAUAUUAUUCACAUCCUUAAAGUGUAACGUGUGAAGACUACAGUUUUUUUUUUUUGCUCUUCUGUUCUCUAAAACUUUAUUGUAGAGAUGAAAAUAUAAAAUCUACCUUGUCGGAA